AUGGAUUCUCAACUUAUUAAAACAGUCAACAAGCUACAAGACGCUUUUGCAACAGUAGGUGUUCAUAACCCAGUUGACUUGCCUCAAAUUACCGUUAUUGGUUCCCAAUCCAGUGGUAAAAGUUCAGUCUUGGAAAACAUUGUAGGUAGAGACUUUUUACCAAGAGGUACUGGUAUUGUGACGCGUCGACCUUUAAUUCUUCAACUUAUUAAUCGGGCUCCUACCUCAUCGGGUACUAAAAAGGAAGAAAGUGAUGUACCAUCCUCAGAUGCACAAGAGAACCCUGACGAAUGGGGUGAAUUCCUUCACUUGCCAGGCCAAAAAUUCUAUAACUUCAACAAGAUUCGAGAGGAAAUCAUCAAGGAUACCGAACUCAAAACAGGCAAAAAUGUUGGCAUUUCACCUCAGCCUAUCAAUCUACGCAUCUUUUCACCUCAUGUACUCACACUCACAUUGAUUGAUUUGCCUGGUUUGACCAAAGUGCCUGUGGGUGAUCAGCCCAAGGACAUUGAGAAGCAAAUCCGCGACAUGAUCCUCAAGUAUGUGACCAAGCCAAAUGCGAUCAUCUUGGCAGUGACUGCUGCUAAUACUGACUUGGCAAACUCGGACGGUCUUCAAUUGGCACGUGAAGUGGAUCCUGAGGGAUUGCGUACCAUUGGUGUAUUGACCAAGGUGGAUUUGAUGGAUCAAGGGACCGAUGUGAUUGAUAUCUUGGCAGGUCGAGUUAUUCCCUUAAGAUUGGGUUAUGUGCCUGUGGUCAAUCGUGGUCAAAGAGAUGUCGAGACAAAGAAAUCCAUUUCGAAAGCUUUAAGUGCUGAACGAGAAUUCUUUGAAAACCAUGCUUCUUAUAGAAGUAAGGCUCAAUAUUGUGGUACACCUUUCUUGGCCCGUAAACUGAAUAUGAUUUUAAUGCACCAUAUUCGCAAUACACUUCCUGAAAUCAAGGCUAAAAUCCAAUCUGCUUUAACAAAAUACCAACAAGAACUACUGCAAUUAGGCGAUCCUUUAAACGAUGGCUCCUCUUCAGGCCAAGCUAACCUUGUGCUCAACAUCAUUACCGAGUUUUGUACAGAGUUCAGAACGAUCAUUGACGGCAAUUCAAAUGAUUUGACCAGUUUUGAAUUGUCGGGUGGUGCUCGUAUUAGUUUUGUGUUUCAUGAGCUAUACUCAAAUGGUGUCAAGAGUGUAGAUCCUUUAGAUCAGAUCAAAGAUAUAGAUAUUCGUACCAUUCUUUACAAUUCAUCUGGUUCUUCGCCUGCUUUGUUUGUAGCCACGACUGCUUUUGAAGUAAUUAUUAAGAAGCAAAUCAAGCGCCUUGAAGAACCCAGUAUCAAGUGUAUUAACAUGGUCUAUGAUGAAUUGGUCCGUAUUCUAAGUCAAUUGCUAAACAAGCAAUUCUUUAAGCGCUUUCCUGCUCUUAAAGAACGAUUUUAUCAGGUAGUUUUGUCAUUUUUUAAGAAAGCAUUGACGCCUACCAGCAAACUUGUCACUGACCUUGUCUCUAUGGAAGCUUGUUAUAUCAAUACGGCUCAUCCUGAUUUCUUGAGCGGUCAUCAGGCAAUCGCUAUUGUGAAUGAACGGUUACAAGUCAAGAACCAACCCAACCAAAUUUCCGAUAAAGCCCAUAGUACACUCAACAGUAAACAACAACAACAACAGCAGCAGCAACAACAACAACAACAACAACAACAAGCUCUUCAAUCAAAUCAUCAUUCAAGUUCUAAUGUGGAUAGUGAUAGUAGCGGCUCUUUCUUCGGCAGUUUCUUUUCUGGACCAAAGAAGCAAAAAAAGGCAUCCGACGCCUUAAUGGAAGCCCCUCCUGCUACAUUAAAAGCCAUGGGUGCACUCUCUGAGCGUGAAUACAUGGAGACUGAAGUCAUCAAGCUCUUGAUACUAUCUUAUUUCAAUAUUGUUAAGCGCACGAUGAUUGAUAUGGUUCCUAAAGCCAUCAUGCUCAACUUAGUAAGUCAUGCCAAAGAAGAACUUCAAAGAGAACUGUUGUCCGAGUUGUACAAAGCUGAGGUCUUGAAUGAUUUGUUACAAGAAUCCGAAUUCACUCAACAAAGAAGAAAGGAGUGCAAAAAGAUGAUUGAAGCUUUACAAAAGGCAGAUGAGAUUGUUGGUUCUGUCUAA